AUGAAGGGUCACCGGUGUACCGCGCUGGCGCUGGCCGCCCUCGCCUGCACGCUCGCCAGUGUCGGGGCGACCCAGAAGCUCCAGGAGCGCUACAGCUGGCAGCAGCUCGACUUCGUGUUCCCCAAUCAACGACUCAAGCAACAGGCGCUGGCGAGCGGGGACUACGUGCCGACCAACGGGCUGCCGGUCGGGAUCGAGCGCUGGGAGAACAAACUGUUCGUCUCCGUGCCACGCUGGAAGGAUGGUAUCCCCUCGACGCUGAACUACAUCGACAUGAACCAGACGCCGUCCGGGUCGCCGGCCCUCAUCCCGUACCCGGACUGGUCGUCGAACGUGGCCGGGGACUGUGCGAACGGCCUGUCGACGGUGUACCGGCUGAAGGCGGACCGGUGCGGCCGGCUGUGGGCCCUCGACACUGGCACGGUCGGCAUCGGCAACACGACCCAGCAGCUGUGCCCGUACGCCCUGAACGUGUGGGACCUGAAGACGAACCGGCGGCUCCGGCGGUACGAGCUGCGGCCGGAGGACACGAACGCGAACACGUUCAUCGCGAACAUCGCCAUCGACCAGGGGCCGGGCGGGUGCGACGACACGCACGCCUACAUGUCGGACGAGCUCGGGUACGGGCUGAUCGUGUACUCGUACGAGAAGAACCGCUCCUGGCGCUUCGCCCACAGCUUCUUCUUCCCGGAUCCGCUGCGCGGCGACUUCAACGUGGCCGGCCUGAACUUCCAGUGGGGCGAGGAGGGUAUCUUCGGGAUGUCGCUGACACCGCCCCAGCCGGACGGCUACCGGACGCUGUACUUCUCGCCACUCGCCAGCCACCGUGAGUUCACCGUCUCCACGCGCGUCCUGCACGACGAGGAGAAGGUGGAGGAGAGCUUCCACGAGUUCCAGUACCUGAAGGAGCGGGGCCCGAACGCGCACACGACGUCGCGCGUCAUGAGCGACACCGGCCUGCAGCUGUUCAACCUGAUCGACCAGAACGCCGUCGGCUGCUGGCACUCCUCGAUGCCGUACAGCCCCGAGUACCACGGUGUCGUCGACCGGGACGACGUGGAGCUCGUCUUCCCGGCCGACGUCAAGAUCGACGACGAGGACAUGGUCUGGGUGAUCUCCGACCGCAUGCCCGUGUUCCUGAUCGCCGAGCUCGACUACAGUGACGUCAACUUCCGGAUCUUCGCCGCUCCGCUUGCCACACUGGUCGCCGGGACCGUCUGUGACGUUCAGGCGGGUCCAACCCCGCCGUUCGGCUCCAUCCAGCCCAAGUUCGGGGCCGCCGAGCCCGUGGGGCUUGCGGCGUACGCCGGCGAUACGACGCUGGUGCCGACGACCUAUGCCCAGCCGUUGGCCCCCGCCGGCACUACGUACGGGUACGCGCCGACCGCCGCACCGACCCCGGUCAAGUACACCCCGGCGGCGUACGAGACCCCGACCAGCCACAUGUACUCCACCCAGUCGUACGCGCCCAGCACGGCCAAGGCGUACGCCUACAACAAGUACCACGGCGUCGAGUUUCACGCCCACGGCGGCCCGGAGGCACCCAGCGGGGGCUAUCACCACGGGGGGCCACCCCACCACCAUCACCACCAGCAUGAUGAGCACCAUGGUGGCGGCGGAGGUGGCGGCGGCGGCGAUGACCGCGGCUACGGCUACUGGGGAGGCGCCGCUCACAAGAAGCACGACUCCUGGAAGCAGUUCUUCUACUGA